GGCAGCUGAGGGGAAAGGAAAGGAGCGAGCAAGCAAGGGUUACACAUGAGAAGUCUGAGGAGGGAAUCAAAGAAAGCAAACAGGGCGCAGGGAAGAGAAGGAACAGGUAGAGUUGGUUGGGUUUCAAGCUUACCUCACGGCUAAUUACUACUUUCUCACUGUGGUGAGGGAAAAGCAAACAGAAACUAAGUCAGGGAAAACUGCAGAAGGAGAAGAAGAGGGCAAGAGAGAAGAAAGCAGAAGUAGAAGAAAAAGGAGACGACAGUUUUAAAAAACAGCUCGGAUUAAUUGAGGAAGACAGACAAAUAAAGUAGAAAGACUGCGAGCAGGGAGCGAGUAAGAAAACAGCAGAUACUCAUUGACAGAGAGGACUGGACUUAACUCCAUGGAUUACUGACAUCAGCAAAACAAAGGAAGAGGAACGUCAGAAAAAAAGGAGGUCACUGCAGUCCAGCAGUAGUGUAGCCUGCCUGAGCCUGUCUACAAUGCAACCAAGAAAGCUGAGAUAGACAGACACAAGCACAGACAGUUCAUAAAGACAGCCCUCUGUGAAACAGCACCAUGUUGAUGAAAGAGUACCGUAUAUGUAUGCCUCUGACUGUGGAGGAGUACAGGAUCGGGCAGCUUUAUAUGAUCAGUAAGCACAGCUGUGAGCAGAGUGGUGGAGGAGAAGGGGUGGAGGUGGUGAAGAAUGAGCCGGAUGUUCACCCCAAAUACGGCCAGGGACAGCUGACCGAGAAGAGAAUCUACCUCAGCAGUAAACUGCCAUCCUGGGCGAAAGCGUUUGUCCCGCGUUUCUUCUACGUGACAGAAAAAGCCUGGAACUUCUACCCCUACACUAUCACAGAGUAUUCAGUAUCGUUCCUCCCCAAAUUCAACAUCCGCAUUGAGACGAGAUUUGAGAACAACAACGGUAAUAACAGCAACGUGUUUGGGGACACUCCAACCCCGGCAAAGAGUGUGAGUUUCCUGGAUAUCCUGAGUGACCCCAUCCCAGAAAAGCACUACAAGGAGUCGGAGGACCUGAGUCUUUGGCAGUCGAAUAAAACGGGCCGUGGGCCUCUGGAGAAGGGCUGGAGGGACGACCACAAACCCAUUAUGUGCUCCUAUAAGAGGGUGCAGUGCAGCUUUGAGGUGUAUGGCUUCCAGACAAGGACGGAGGAAUUCAUACACAAAAACAUCCAGGACAUCCUUCUGGUCGGCCACAGGCAAGCUGUAGCGUGGAUAGAUGAAUGGCACGGCCUGAGCUUGGAGGAGGUGAGAGAGUACGAACAGGCGAUGCAAGAGAAGACCAACAGCAAAGUCAAAUCCAGCCAGAACAACACAGGCCAAUCGGCUGCCCCUCGUCCUGUGUUUUCUCGCUCCAUCUCGGUGACGGACGAGCGUUCCCUGAAGAAGAUGGGAGUGACGACAGUGGCCAUGUCUGACCCCUCUCCCUCCUCUGGGCCACAAAGUCCCAUUCGCCUCCACUCCACGCCUGAAUAAUGCCUGAAACACUCACACACAUGUACUGUAUUCAACACAACGCCAACAUUAAACAAAGUCAUGUGAGGUUUUUCGCUCAAACAUGGAUAAACAGCACAUGAAGACAGUGACAUGAAUAUACUACAGCCAAUAUUUGAAGAAAAAGCUUGUUAACUCUUUUGGAGAGACAUGGAUAAGAGAAUCAGUACAACUUACAUUUCAUAUUCAUUAUAAAUGAUCAGUGAGGGCUGGUGUGUUAUUCUCCAGUGGGGCAGUUUCUCACCAGAGUGUGAAUCUUGGUUUAUUAGUCCAAUGCUAAGAGAAACUGCUGCUGUCAUUGAUAGGCUAACAAUCUAAGCAAAGCAGAUGGAGUAUUUUAAACUUAAGAAGUGAUUUAUCGUAGUCAAAAAUGCCAAGUUAAAUUAUUCCUUAUUAUUUUUAGCAUCUCCACAGUUCUUAAUGCUGUAGUUCUCAUGGAUCAGAAGUUUUUGGCAUGUUGGUGUGAUGAUUCAGCCAAAAUGGUCAGCCUGUCAUUCACACCACAGAGGUGACAGAAGAGGCUGUCACAGUCACUGACUCAUCUAGAGAUAUUAUAUUAUAGAUAAUUAUAAUAGAUAUGGGUUUUCAUAACUACUUUUGGUUGCUGCUCUAGGUUUUAAAAUUUUAACAAUAUGUCAUAAGUUAUUUGGACCAUAACAGCCCCACUUUUAUGAUAGCUGCUUUUUGUACCAGCUGUCCCUGAACAUGAAGUUUAGUUCAGACCAAAGAAUUGCGAUGCAAUAAGUCAGUUUUAGAAAGUUGCUGGCAAUGGUUGCAGCUGUUUGAACAGAGCCAUCACAGCUCAAAUCAAGCUGUCUGAUGACUUGGCAGCAAUUCACUUCAUCAAAUCACAAUCAGGUCAGGUUUAGGAGCAUACUGUGCUGCUCUGGCCUCCUGAUGGUCAGCUUCCAAGCCUGCGCUAGUCCCAUGCCCCAUCUCUGCAGGUAUCCUCCCAGCUAGCACCCUCCAGGACGCACAUAGUCGCCCCCAACUUCUGCACCAGCCCACCAGGUCCUGGGCAUCCAACAUGUGGUGAGCUGGAUCAGGCCCGGGAACAAGCGCCAGGGACCUGUAAAAACGCAGCCAUCAUUCCCGCAUUAGGCAGAUGAUCCUUCCCAUCCUCACUCUCCUGAGCACGUCUGCAUUAGACACACGGUCUUGCCAACAAUACCCAAAGGUACACUGAAGAGAAGUUGUCACAAAGUAGUCCAGUUGUUGCUUCUGGCCAUCAAUCAGCAUCAUGGCCUGACAAUGGUAUAGUAAGGCUGGAAGCACCAGUCAUUGAAUGACAACCAAAUCACAAUCAGCCGCACUGUAAAACCAAAUAAGUUGAAAGUACUGAAAAUAUUUGUUGGAAAUUAUUAUGUUAAAGUAAUGAAAACACACUCUUUGAGUUUGACUAAAGUUAAAAUGUAUAGUUUACAUGUUUCUCACCCACUGCAAUUUUCCCUUAAGUCACAUUUUUUAAAUUGGAUUGACUACAAGUAAAAUGGCUGAAAGGUGCACUUAGACCCAGAAAGUGUUCAUCCUCAGACAUCAAUACAUCGAGCAGAUAAAGCCCCAGGCCUCCAUGAGAUCUCUACCAUCCCUCCUAGGAGUCCCUGCCCCAGGUUGGGAACCUAUGAUUUAAAUGAUGUUUUUAAUUUAAAAGAUUUUACAGAUUUGAUGAUUGAGAUAUAACUUUUCUGUUAAUGAUCUUAAUGCAGUAAAACAUUUGACAAAGGAAGGCUAACUUUUUUCAUCUGUUUCAAAUCUUAGUGCCACAAUAACCUAGCAGGUGGCUAGCCACAGUAUGUCUUUAACAUUACUGUUUUUACACAUGCACCAGAUUUACAGAAAUUUUCAGGCUGGUUGCAAUGGGAGACCUUUCACCUUAAUUUUUCAUGCAAAGUAAAAAUGUGGUAUCAAUUUAGGAUGAACUGAUUUGUACAUGCAGCAGGUAAAAGUCAUGAAAAUUCCCUGUUUUGAGAGAAGUGAUGAUGAUGUUUGUGAUACUUUUAUCUGUAUUUCCUUCCCUGCUCUUCAGUUGAUACUGUGAAUACACGCAAGUUUGCAAAAUACUGCUAUAAAGGCAACUGCUGUCAUUUUGUCAGACACUGUUGCUUCUUCUCCCUUUUUAUGCCACUGAGACUCCACCUUUGCAUAAGAGAAAGCCUACCCUUCUGAGAUGCAAGGAUGAGCAUGCAUUUCUUUCAGUAGUGCAUGAGUGAAACAGCUACACCUAUGUAGGAGCAGUAUUGAUUGUUAUCCAUCUCUCCAGCAGUGUAAAAUAAGUAUAUCCUCAAAAUUCCUCAUGACUGCUUCAGAAACAUUUACCUCUCCUUAUGCACAUGUGGUUCCUGUACAAGUAAGAGCUGCAUAAACACACACAGACACUGUGUGCCUGAUCACUGUUGCCUUUGAAAAUACUGCCAGUGUCCUCAGAAGCCUUUAAAACACAGAGCACUUCAGUGUUCUCGCUCAGCUCCUCAGCCGCAGAGGAACUCGCCGACCACCAGCGGGGCUCUCGAUUGUUUCUCAGCCCCCAGCUAGCAGCCUACAGACAGAUGCAUAAGGAGUUUAAUAGAGUGAAUCUAAUGAGAAAGCAGAGGAGAACGAUGCAGGGUGUCAAUGCUAUGGAUCGGCUCCCUUCUCCACCUCAGCCGAUAGGUCAGACUUCUGGUAUUGACAGAGGGCAGUGAGGCAUUGUAUUGGUUCCUUGAUCGCUUAGCUGAGAGCUGCAAAUGGGUCAAGUGAGGGAUAAACUUCAAUUAUAAGUCAAUGAUGUGAGUGUUUAUAAGGCUAUUAGUUUAAUUUUUUAAUAAACAUGAUGAUAGGUUCUUGUCAAGGAUGAACAAAAGCAACAAUUAGAUAAAGCCAUUUCUUGUCAUUAUAUUUGUAAUAACCGAGUAUAAAUGAAGUUUAUUAACUAAUCAACUAAUGUUGUAUUCACCUUGUACAGUCUUUUAUAAUGGAUUUUUAUCAAUAAAUACAAUUUCACUCUG